AUGGCGGCCACUAAGCUGCAUCCAGCUCUACGCAACGCCAUCCGAGCGGGGGCAAACCUGCCCACCGAAGUGAUCAGUGCCACAUUUGACGUCCAGGAAGGCAUUAAGCUUCUGUCGGCCUUCCUUCUCCGCCAUGAGCCCGUCUGCGUCCUGACUGGGGCUGGCAUCUCAACCGACUCGGGCAUUCCCGACUAUCGAUCGCCCGGUCGUCCGCCUCACCGACCACUGCAGCAUCUCGAGUUCUUGGGUUCACACGAACGCCAGCAGCGGUACUGGGCCCGCAGCCUAUAUGGUUAUCCUCGCAUCCGCGAUACCAUGCCCAACGUCGGACAUCAGGCCAUUAAUGAACUGCAGCGCCGUGGCCUCGUUGGGGCCAUUAUCACCCAAAAUGUCGAUGGUUUGCACCAACGAGCUGGCAGUCAACACGUCAUUGAUCUGCAUGGCCGCCUCGACCAGGUCAAGUGUAUGAAUUGUCACAGCAUCACGACGCGUGAUGAGCUUCAGAGCCGUCUGCUCGCCGAUAAUAAAGCCCUGCUCGAUCAGUUCUCUGUGGUGCACGAUGAAGCCGUCCGCCCCGAUGGAGACGCUGUUCUUGAUGAGGAUCUGUAUGGACGCUUCACCGUCGCGGCCUGCGCUUCGUGUGGUGGCGUACUCAAGCCCAAUGUGGUUUUCUUCGGCGGCUCGCUGGAUCCAGAGGACGUGAAGCGUGCAUCCACGGCUGUCAGUGAAGCCUCCGCCCUCUUUGUGGUCGGCACGUCAUUGGCCACCUGGUCGGCAUUUCGGAUCGUACGGCAAGCAGUGGAAGAAGCCAAGCCUGUGUGUGUCCUCAACAGCGGACCGACGCGCGCUGACGGUGUCAUCCCUGAGUACCUGCGCCUAUGCAUGCCGAUUGGUGAGGUACUACCCGCUGCACUCCGACAGCUAUAA